AAAGUGCAACGUGUCGUGCGUGCGCACCGCACACCAAUCAGCGCGAUCGUUUGUGGUGUUGGCAAGCAGCAAAAGCAGGCCACAAGCCGAAAACACAACGGGCCGUUCGAGCGCAUUCAGCAAAGCCAUACGCGACAGUACGCGACAUCGGUGACCAAACGGCCCUUUUUAUCUUACCAAACUUAUCAGUUGAACUAUCAGCAUACGCCGGGAAAGCACCUUGGCACACGGGAGAUUAAAGUAAGCGAGCAAGGUGUGUGUGCGUGGACAUUGUGGACCCAACCGUCCUGUCCUAACAGCCGAACGCAUCGAACGACCAUUCGUCACUCGCCGCGACCAUUAAGACCAUUCUCACGGGAGGCUAGAAAAUCAGCGAUCAGUAAGUGAUUCGAGGCCAGCGCGAGCAGUCAAGUCACUGUACGGCACGGAACGAAGGUGGGAUAGAAUAUUCAGUCAGCCCCAGGUUGAAGUGUGGACGUGAAGUGAAUCUACCCGUUAGUGCGUUCGCGAGUGUUGCGUGAGUUUGUCACGGUGAAUCAACCCCUUCCCACCGUGUUGCGUGCAUUGUGGUAGUACGAGGAAAUGAUACCGAGCAGCUGUCAGUGAUCACCACGGCAACCAGCGUAUCAUAGUGACAACAGCACGUUUUGAAACGCGUCUCUAUCGCACAGAAAAAAAAAACGGAAAAAUUAAUCAUUUCCGUGAAAUUGUAUUAGGGGUUGCUUGCAGGCCCUCAUACAUACAUAGCUGAGCGUUUGUUGCACGCGUUCAACAGGUUUGCAAAUAUUUCGCACACUGAAACUCUCGAACCUAUGGAAUGAAAAAGUGAAAUUGCACUGUGUGUCCGCUGCUGUUGCCCUGGCAGCGUAAUUUGGUGUUGGUGGUGGUGAAAACAAAAGCCGUCUACGCACUUCAAAACACACUUCAACACACUCAUACACCCUCUGAGCUGACAUAAGCGAUCAGGGGUGGUGUUGUGUAGCUGCACAGUAGAAGUUGAUGGUAUCAUCAUACGAUCAGACAACAGCAUCAAAAACCUGUCUCUCGGCUGGCCCGGAAACCUUGGAGGCACAAUACAACGGUGGUGGGUACGACGACGUCCACCGACAUAGAAGUCCGCGAUUCCGUUUAUUCAUCAUUACACCCCCGCGACUGUAGCGCCGUCCUUUCCUCGUCCUGUAAGACACAACUAACGCAGCCGCAACAUGUUGAAGAACAAAGCUGUCGAGGAAAAGGUUGACACACUGCUGUCGAAGAGUCAAAUACCGAUCAUCGAUCUCGCACACUGUGGUACGGAGGAAUGUCCAAUCCGGUCGGUGGUGAAUCGUGUCGGACAUCAGCUCCACAAAGCGCUCAGCGAAAAAGGCAUUGCACUGCUGGUUAAUCAUGGCAUCUCGGAGGAUAAGAUGAAGCAGCUUUAUGGACAUUUGGACGAUUUCUGCAAACUUUCGGACGGCACGAAGGAAACGUACCUGCGCAAAGGUGAAACGAACCAUGGCUACAUCAAACCGGGCCAGGAACGGUUCGAUGGCAAAUCGAAGGAUCUGCGCCACACGUUCAACAUCUGCACGCUGAAGCCGGACGCCGGUCCACUGCCCGACGAACCGCUGCCCGGCUUUCGGGAACACGUGUCCGACCUGGCGACGGAUUUCAAGCGCCUCUCGGCCCUGCUACUGCAGGCACUCGCGGUCGGUAUGGAGCUUCCGUACGGCUACUUUCUCGAGAAGCACCGCCACAUUCUGGACGGCGAGGGUGAAAACCAGUCCACAUUCCGGCUGCUCUACUAUCCGCCGCUGAUUGAAGACGAUGGCAAGAAUGAGCUGCUGCGGGGUACGUGCAAGUACAGCCAGCAGCGCUGCACAAAGGACGAGAUUGAUCUGUCCCUGCCGGAGGACUACCGUGCCAAGAUACGCGAGCAGCAGGAACUGGAAGAGCAGGAACUGCAACAAAUAACGCGCUGUGGGGCACACUCGGACUACGGCACCUUUACACUGCUGGCGCAGGAUUCGGAAGGUGGGCUGGAGGUGAAGCUACCCGGAACGGAUCGAUGGAAACGGGUCGGACAUCUGCCGGGUGCCAUCCUGAUCAAUGCCGGCGAACUGCUGUCGACGUGGACGGGUGAAAAGAUCUGCGCACUGCAGCACCGUGUGAUCAUUCCGCAGGAGGAAACGAUCCGCACCCGGGGCCGUCAUUCGUUGGCAUUUUUCGUCCAUCCCGACAACUGCAUCUCGAUUACGCCGAUCGAUCUGCCUACCUCCAGCUCGUCCAAUUCGCUCGAUUCGGACGAGAAAAAAACCAAAGGACGAAAAAAAUCCUUCAAAACGGCCAAGUCCAAAAUCUACAACGCGUACCAGCACGUGCAGAAACGCUUUAAGGAGACGUACGCAUCGUAGCGUAUUUGAUGGUUUGCUGCUGCCUACAACAGCAAGCAAGUAGCUUAGAACCGUCUACUUAAUACGGAUUCAUCGCGCCUUCCCCCGCAUACGAAGGACAGCAGGAGCGUUCAUCGGGUGCUGUAUUUAUGAGACUUAGCCACAAUUUAUUCCACCAUUUUCUACUUCCAUCCGCAAUUGGUGUACUACGAUUUUUUUUAACGAAAUGAUAUAAACAAAACAACAAUGAUACGAACCGUGUUUCGCUUGUUUGCAGUCAUUUUAUCUCGUCUCUCUGCACGGCUGUUUAAAGUAUCUUCUCAGUAAAGUAAUCACCACACCAUAAUGACUCUCCAUACAGCAGUUAGAACCGAACGGAA